AUGAUGAAUAAGUUUUUUUAUAAUACUUUAAAUUCAUCUCUUUUUCAAAAUUUUAAAUUAAAGAGCUCAUAUUUGAGCAGUGGAUAUUUUUUCUCUAAUAGAAGUAUAACUACCAAUGUGAACAAAUCCUUUAUUUCUAAUUACUUAUUUAAGGAAAAUAAUUUUUUUAGAUCUUAUCACACCUCGCCAUUUAUAUGUAGAUCAGUUAAUAAUUCAAAUUGUAACACCCUCCUUCAAAAGGAUGAAAAAUAUAGUGUUAGCAAACAAUUUGGUGUCAGACACGAUAGUGGCAUUGCAAGUUUAUCAGCAGCUAUUGCCUUAAUGUCAGUUGGAGGGGUUGCUCAAGGUAUAGGUAACCUUUUUUCGGCUUUGGUUUUAGGAACUAGUAGAAAUCCAUCAAUUAAGGAUGAGUUAUUUACAUAUACCUUAAUUGGUAUGGGUUUCUUAGAAUUUCUUGGUAUCAUUUGUGUUUUGAUGAGCGCUGUUUUGUUAUAUUCUUAA